AUGGCUCUUGAGGAUGAAGAGGAGGCAUUCGAACCAGUGCAGUUGGAGAAUUUGGACCCGCCGGCUGUUGUGGCCGAGACUUGGCCGGUUGUGGGGCGCUUUCUGACGGAGAAGAUGGUGAAAUUGGAGUACAUGAGACAGGUGUUAGCGUCGGUGUGGAAGCCGGUCAAGGGCGUUCAGAUCACGGAGCUGCAUCCGAAUUUGUUUAUGUUCGUUUUCUUUCAUGCAUCAGAUAUGGAGUACGUGCUAGACGAAGGUCCAUGGUCUUUUGAUAAUUGUACACUUGUCUGCCGACAAGUUAAGGACGGAGUCUUGCCUGUGGAGGUUCCGUUGGAUUCAGUAGACAUGUGGAUUCAGCUGCAUGAUGUUCCCAUAGGCUAUACAUCCAGUAUAAUCCUUGAGCAAAUUGGGAAUCAUCUUGGCAGGUUUGUAAAAGGUGAUGAUCGGUUCUCGGAUGCACCAUGGUUGGAUUUCUACCGUAUUCGGGUAGCCUUGCCUGUCAAUAAACCUAUCAAACGGCGAAUGAAGUUGCUCAAACGCGAUGGAACCUGGUGCUGGAUCACGUUUAAGUACGAGAGAUUGCACAGCUUUUGCUUCUUUUGCGGGAUGAUGGGGCACACCUAUAAGUUCUGUCUGAAAGCAAGGGAAGCAGCAAUUCUGGUCAAUCAAUUCCCUUUCGGGCCGGAACUGCGUGCGGGGCAGCGUAGGGGUCCAAGGGCUGUAGGUAAUAGCUGGCUGGUUCCGGUUGGCGGGUCGCCGCGGGCGGAAUCUGUUGUUGAGGCGUCGGCUGGUGUUCGAAACAAUGCUGUUUUGGCUGUUGUUGCGACGGGGAGACGUGAAGGGGAGACGGGUGUGGUGGCGGUCUCCAAGAGGCGGAGGGAAGGGUCGGGUGGAGGGGCUCGGUGCCAGGGCAGUGAUGUUGUCAUGUCCGAUGUGCCAAAAAACUUGCAUGUGGCGGGUUCUGGUCACCAGACCCGCCCUUCAUCAUGA